AUGAAUAUAACUAUUGAAGUCGAAGAUGCUCUUGCACGUCUUGCGAUACCUGAGAGUGAUCGAUUGUAUUAUAUUUCAGAAGGCAUUGAUGUUCAUAAACGAUUUUACUCGCAAAAUGGAAUUAAAUCUCAUUUAGCUUUAUCAGACGAAUUUGAAAAACGUAAUGGCUGUUUUGAUUGUGGUGAAGUUUCAUAUUUAAAAAUUCUUAUUCAUAUUUCAUCCCCAAUUGCUAGUAAUAGAACCGUAUCAAAUGAAAGUUUAUCAUCAUCAUCAUUAAAUGGAACAACAAUAUCAACAACAAAAAUAAAUACUAAUAAUAAUAAAAAAUCAAAAUCUCGUUUAAAAACUAAUAAAGAUCAAUUACGACCACAAUUAACUACAAAAUCACAAAUGCCACUAUAUGAUUUACCAAAAAUAUCUUUACCAACUACAAUUGAUACUGAACAGUUAAGUUCACAAGUACGUGAAUUACUUUCUUCAUACAGUAUUGGUCAACGUGUGUUUGGUGAAGCUGUUCUUAAUCUUUCUCAAGUUCUACGUCGUAGUAUUCGUCCUACAACAAAAUCACAGAAUCAUGAUACAGAAAGUAACAAUAAUCCUACUUUAAAACGUCGAUAUAUAUUUACAGAAGAUCAACGUCGUAGAUUAAAACAAAUAUUCGAAAGUGAACCUUAUCGAAGUCAAGCAAAAUUAGAACAACUCGUUGAUGAAUUAUCCUUGCCAAUGAACAAAAUAUCGAAUUGGUUUCAUAAUGCCCGAAUGAGAACUAAACCUAAUACGUAUACGAAAGAUACAAAUAAAAUAUCUUCGACGCCUUUAACUGAUAAUAAUGAUGACGAUGAUGGUGAUAAUGAUGAGGAUGACAACGAUGAUGAUGAUGAAGAUAAUACUUUACCAACAAUUGUACCCUUAAAUAAUUCAUGGUUUAAUACGACAAAUGAUUCAGAUAGUUCGACUAGUCCAAUUAGUUUAGCAACAUCAUCAACAAAUAUUAUCUCUUUAAUCGACGAACAAAAGCCUAAUCUUUCGAUAUCUACAUUUAGUUCAAGUAAACGAUUUCAUGAACUUGAUAAACGUUGUCGAGAUUUUGAAAAUGCAAAUAAUGAAUUAAAACAAUUAAAUAUUCAACUUGAAAAAGAUUUAUUAUGUGUUGGUGGUGUUACUGAAUUAUUUCGACGAGGACCUGAAGGACAAACAAGUGAUAGUAAUUCAAAUGAAACUAUAAUAAUUGAAGAUGUAUUAAAUCAAUCAUGUACAUCUCCAGCAUCAUUUAAGAAUUCAUUUUCACAUGUUUCAUCACGUGAUUCAACAUCGGAUGAAGCUUUAACUGCUAUUGUUAUUAGUCAACGUGAACGAUUUCGUAUUCGUAAUGUUGAAUUAGAGAACGAAAAUGUUUCAUUAAAACAACAAACAAAUAUAUUUCAAAAUGAAAUGGAUAAACUUCGAUCGGACAAUAUAAAAUUAUAUGAAAAAAUUAAAUUCACAACACGCGCAACAGAUGAUCCUAUUGAUCGGUAUUCACGUGAUUACGAUGCAUCAUUGGAUCCAUUUACUAAUUUUACGAAACAAGAAAAGCAAAAGAAAUAUGAAUCACUUAAAAUUCAUGAAAAAUUUGCUUUAAACUUUGGUAAAUUUAUUCUCUCAUCACAUCAAAGUCGAACAUUUUUUGUCAUUUAUUUUAUUCUCGUUCAUAUUCUUAUCUUUCUUUCUCUUUAUAAAAUGGUUCAUGUUGGUUCAUCUGUACGUGAUAUGUCACAAGUUUGUUUUGAUAAAUUUCGAGAACAUAUGGCAGGUGUACAUGGAGAAAAGAAUUUUCAUUUUGAACAUGGCCAUGCUCAUGCUCCACCAGGUGUCGUUCCAGCUGCAGCACCACCACCACAUCGAUAG